AUGAACAAGGACUUACGCUUUGGAACAUGGAAUGUUAGGACAUUGCCAACUCUUGGAGCUUUCAAUAUUCUGUCAGAAGAAGUCAUCAGAUAUAAAAUGGAUCUAGUAGCACCGCAAGAAGUUAGAUAUCCAGGACCAGGAAAACUGGAAAUGGAUGGGCACAUUCUAUACUACAGUGGAUCGGAAGAAUGGAAGUUCCAGAAGGGAGUAAGUUUUAAGCUCAGCAAAAGUUUAGCUACAGCAGUAAUUGAUUUCCAACUAAUUGAUGAUAGAACAGCUGCCAUGAGACUGAAAGGUAGAUUCACAAAUAUAACAAUAGUUGCACUAUAUGAUACAACUGAGGAAAUGGAGGACAAAAAGAAAGAGAGUUUUUAUGAAAUUCUCGAAGAGGUAAUUAAUAAGACACCAGGAUAUGAUAUGAAGCUCAUAUAG